UCAUCUACACGAGAUUCCGCUUCGCCUCACUUCCUUCGCGAUGGUCAAGUAUUCAUCAUUGAUCGGGCUGCUAAAGCUAACAAAUUAAAUUGUUUCUUUCACUCUGUAUUCUCUCCUAAAGAAAACUUUAUCCAACAAUUGAAUACAGAAUCUACUUCUUCGACAUAUACCCAACUGUCUGAAAUCCAACUGACUAUAUCUGAAGUCGCAAAAAAUUUAAAGGGCUUAGAUCCAAACAAAGCGUGUGGUCCGGACAAUAUUGCCGGUAUGUUGUUGGUAAAAACAGCCGAUGCUAUUGCCCCAUCACUCUGUCGGCUUUUUAACCAAUCCUUAUCAGAAGGCUAUGUUCCUUUAUCUUGGAAGCGCGCAAACAUCACACCUGUGCAUAAGAAAGAUGAUCCAACUCUAGCAAUGAAUUAUAGACCAAUUUCAUUGCUAUGUAUCAUUUCCAAGGUUUUGGAGCGUUGCAUUUUUAAUCAUUGCUUUCCAUUUUUUAAAUCUCAUAUACAUAACCUUCAACAUGGAUUUAUCCAAGGUCGAUCAACAGUGACCCAGUUAUUGACAGUCUAUCAUGAUAUGUUGGAUACUUUAGCGAGCGGUCAGGAGGUGGACGUUAUACACCUGGAUUUUUCAAAGGCCUUUGAUAAAGUGUCGCACAACCUAUUAUUGAACAAACUUAACGGUCAUGGAAUCGGAGGUCCUCUCUUGCUAUCUUUCUCACAGGUGUCAACGUGUAAUGCUGGAGG